CAUACAUGCGACAACAUGCGAAAACAAUGAGUGCGCAUUCCGCCAGUUGGGAUCAGUUUCCUGCGAUAUUCGAAGUAUAGCGCUAAGCUUGGUUGGAAAUGGCGGAAGUGAAUGCGAAUGGGGUCUUGGUUGGCCAAAGUAGCGACUCCGGAUCACAGUUAACGACCGUACACGCCCGUCCUACCGUCGCCGAUCUCCAAGGAGAGAAUCAUUUUGCGCAGGUCGCGAGGAAACACUGGCUGAAUACUACGAAGGCACCCAAAGUAAGACCAGAGGUGGUCAAGCAAGAGCUAUGGGACGAACUAGAGCAGGUCCAAUUCGCGUACCCGUCACUGCUAGUGUUGGAGAAUCUGCAAUUACUGGAGAGGUACUUAUGGCCUGGAUUCACGGAGGACUCGUCAAAUUACCACCAUCUCCUGCUGGCGCUUAUGGUCAAUGUAAAGAGGAGGGAGAAUCUUCCGUCUUGGGAACACUUUGCAACUAAGCCCGCCGAGUUCUCCGCUUUCUUCCGCCGUAUCCUCUCCAUGACUGUCGAUCCGUCGCAACCUACGAAGAUUCGCACACAACUCCUGUCGUUCAUCAUCGGCGCAUUCCAGUCGCUAGAUAGCGGUCUUGUUCGCAAAGAGUGUGCGCCCUUGGUCUCAAUAUCAAUAUGGCAGAACCUCCAUUCGGAAGCGGUGCGGGAAGGUCUCUUUGAGAAGAAUCCUAUGCUGCGCAAGGCAUGGCGGGCGGCGUCACGGAGAUUCGAGUCAGGGGACGAAGCACUGCAGGCUCGCCUACGGUUUGAGCGCUCGUGGCUGCACAGUCUGAUACAGGAUUUCAUCAACCGGCUUUAUAACAGUCAGACUAGGGAAGAGAUAAAGGAUAACCUGGCAUAUUGUGAACGGUUUCUCGAGCUUCUUUCAGAUUUACAGAGCCAGUUGCCAACAAGACGAUAUGUCAAUGCCUUCCUGAAGGACCUCAAUCUGCUCGCCGCCAUCCGACUUUCACCAAUGUAUACAGACGACGCAAACGGGCUGUUCAGGGAUCUGUUCAACCUCCUCAGCCACUUCACCUAUUUCCCCAUCGAGGACCAGACGGGAAGGCAGCUGUCCAAGCUGGAAUACGAUCAAGAGCAUUAUGAUGCGCUAGCGAAGCUACAGAGGAUAGGCUACGCCAACUUCCCGGAGAAGCUGCAACUUUUGGCUCUGGCAAACUACGGUAGCAUAGGGAACAGGGAAGAGCUUGAGGGACAUCUACGAUCACUAGGAGAUGAGGAGCUUAUACGGCUAUGCUCCUUGUUUGGCCUGAGAACCGAGUAUCCCAAGUCGUCUUUCUUGGUACAAGAUCGAUCCUUCUUUACGGAGACGUUGCUCUCAGUCGUUGAACACAGACCUACUUUCAAGGACAUUGUACGGGAAAUGGCGGUUCUGCCGACAGAGCACAUAUUAUAUGAGCCCACCUUCUUACGGAACGAAUCGUAUGAUGGAUCGAGGCCGCUGGCAAUACCAAAGCUUAACCUCCAAUAUCUGACCAUGGGUGACUUCUUAUGGAGGUCCUUCAUUCUGUACAGAUGCGAGUCCUUCUACGGUAUCCGAAAGGACUUGGAGGAUGUUGCGAAGCGUGUGCAACCGCGGGGUUUAGGCGUCGACACCAAGUUUGGCGGCUUCUCAAGGAUGUCCAUUCCGAUCUCUCGGCCUGCCAUUCUGGACGUAGCUCCUUCGCGGGUGGGCGAGGAGCAUCCCGCUUAUGUUCGAGCAGAGGUGAUCCUGGACGUGAGCCGCCUGCAAUAUCCUGUGCGGCGGGAAUGGGAGUCUCUGAAACCGGACGAUGUGGUCUUCUUACUUGCUCUGGAAGGGCAGCAGGACGUGCCUAUGCGUAAUGGGCAUCAAGAUGAACAGAACACCGGUCAGCAACUGGGUCUGAAGUAUCUCAGAUGUGCAGAAGUCGUGGCCGUCCUGGAUGAGAAUGGGAAACCGCUUCGAGACCAGGCUCAAAUGGACGGAGCACCCCGAGCACGCCAACGUCGGCUGAUGCUCAACCUAGAUGCCAGACAAUACCACGAAGACAUGAACCGUGUCAAGCAAGGCAGGAUGGACAUCUACGACAACAUCAACUUGAUCGUGCGCCGACGAGGACGUGAGAACAACUUCAAACCUAUUUUGGAAUCCAUCAGACGUCUCACCCUUUCGGACAUACCAGCGCCGUCCUGGCUUCAGGAGGUCUUCUUGGGCUACGGCGACCCAACUUCGGCAUCGUACACUCGACUCGCCAACCGUCUGCGUCGGAUUGAUUUCCGCGAUACCUUCCUUGACUGGCAGCACCUGAUCGAAUCCUUUCCCGGCAAAUCUCUUGAACCGCACGAAAGCGCGGAAUCAUCCUUUGGGCCCCCAUACGUUGUGGAGUUCCCCACAGCUGAGCCGGAGUCCGCUCCUGUACGACCAUCGAAAAAGCGGCGUCGCGAUCAGGUUGAGGUUGCACAACCUCUGCAUGAGUCUCUGCAUGUAUCGACAUACAAGCCCCCAAAUACCGGGCCCUACCCUGCAGAUGCACCCAAGCUGAAUGCAGUCAGGUUCACCCCUGCUCAGAUUGAAGCGAUUACUUCAGGAACACAACCUGGCCUCACUGUGGUGGUCGGCCCGCCGGGUACCGGAAAGACGGACGUUGCGACCCAAAUUAUAUCCAAUAUAUACCACAACUUCCCGGACCAGCGGACACUGCUGGUUGCACACAGCAAUCAGGCGCUCAACCAGCUCUUCCAGAAGAUUGUGGCGCUCGACAUCGAUGAGCGCCACCUCCUGCGCUUAGGCCACGGCGAAGAGGAGCUGGAGACGGAAGCAAGCUACAGCAAGUAUGGCCGCGUAGAGUCUUUCCUGGAGAGAGGCACAUACUACUUGGCCGAAGUUGAUCGCCUCGCGAAGAACUUUGGUGCGCCUGGGCAUCACGGUAGCUCGUGCGAAACAGCAGAUUACUUCAAUCUGGUGUAUGUGAAACCUGCGUGGACGCAAUACUGGGAAAGUGCCCAGGACCCAGAGUCGAGCGUCGAUCAGAUUAUUGAGGAGUUCCCCUUUAAACAGUACUUCUCCAAUGCGCCGCAGCCUCUGUUUCCAGCAAGUGCUUCACGAGAAGAGAUACUGGACAUCGCAAGAGGCUGCUACCGCCAUGUGGAGAAGAUCUUCGCUGAGCUCGAGGACAUCCGUCCCUUUGAGAUUUUGCGUAGUGGGCGAGAUAAAGCGAACUAUCUCCUCAUCAAGGAAGCGCGCAUCAUCGCGAUGACAUCGACGCACGCUGCCAUGCGGAGGCAGGAGAUUGCAUCUCUGGGUUUCCACUAUAACAACGUGAUCAUGGAAGAGGCAGCCCAGAUCACGGAGAUUGAGAACUUCAUCCCUCUGGCCCUCCAGAACCCCCAGAGCGGCGAGCUGCCGCUCCAGCGCGUCGUCCUGGUUGGAGAUCAUCUGCAGAACUCACCCGUGAUUCAGAAUCUAGCCUUCAGACAGUAUGCGAACCUCGGGCAAUCCCUCUUCCUCCGCCUCGUCCGCCUCGGCGUGCCCACCAUCAUGCUCGACCAACAAGGUCGUGCUCGCCCCUCCAUCGCAUCGCUUUACAAAUGGCGAUACCCCAAGCUGGGCAACCUCCCUAUCGUCGAGACAGCCCGCGAAUUCCAACUCGCGAACCCGGGAUUCCUGCACGAGUACCAAUUCAUCAACGUGCCCGACUACAAGGGCAAGGGCGAAAUGGAGCCUACACCGCACUUCCUCCAGAACCUCGGCGAGGCCGAAUACGCCGUCGCCAUCUUCAUGUACAUGCGCUUGCUGGGGUAUCCGGCGCAACGAAUCUCGAUCUUGACGACGUAUGCGGGACAGAGGGCGCUGAUCAAGGACGUCCUCAGUCAUCGGUGCAAGGGCAAUAGGCUGUUUGGUCUGCCGAGGAUUGUGGCGACGGUGGAUAAGUAUCAGGGAGAGCAGAAUGAUUACAUCAUCCUCUCCCUCGUCCGGACCCGCUCCAUCGGCUACCUGCGCGACGUGCGCCGCCUCACCGUCGCGCUGUCCCGCGCUCGUCUGGGAUUGUAUAUCCUCGGCCGCCGCUCCGUGUUUGAAUCCUGCUUUGAGCUCAAACCUGCAUUCGACCUUCUCCUCCAGAAACCGGAUAAGCUCGAGCUCGUCACGGGCGAAAUGUACGGUCAGACGCAACGAGGGGUUUCUCAACAGCUGGAAGAAGGGGCGCAGGCGGCUGUUAUGGAAGGGGUAGAGCAUCUGGGGAAAUAUGUGUAUGAGAUGACGAAGGCGAAGGUGGAGGCGUUGAAGGCUGGGGGUGGAGAGGCGCAGCUGCAGCAGUUGGUGGUGGAUGGUGGUGGUGCUGGGGAGGAGGAGGGCCACGCCAUGGUGGUUGAUGAUGAGGAGGAUUUGGAUCGGGUCGAGGAGGUGCUGGUGCCGAUUGAGGAGGUGGAGGACGAGGGGCCAGAGGAGCCGGUUGAGGGGGUCUAAGGGUAAAGGGGUCAUGUUUUGAGGGCCUUGAGAGGAAAUAGGCCUUCGAGUAAGAUGUCGUUUUCUGAGGCACGGCAAAGUACGGGAUCCAAUGUAUAUUGAUAAAGGAUUAGGUCUCUUGGUAUAGCUCUAGCGGAUAGUCGGAUUUAUCUAAUGAUACCAAAGUAUAUGAUUUUACAUC